GGAACUUCCGCAUACGUCAUUAUCAGCGUGCGAAACAGAGAUGGACUCAAACAGAACAGCAAAGCUUGAGUUUGCGGUGCAGAUGUCAUGUGACCGCUGUGUUAAUGCAGUAAAGGGCGUUUUGGAGAAAGAACCAGGAGUGCAGUCGGUGCAGGUAAACCUGGGUAAGGAGGAGGUUCUGGUUGAAACGGCGCUGACGUCUUCACAGGUCCAGACUCUGAUAGAGAGCACAGGCAGACGGGCGGUGCUGAAGGGAAUGGGCGGCUCAGAAUCAGACCUGGGCGCUGCCGUGGCGAUGGUCCAGGGGGUGGGGCUUGUGCAGGGCGUGGUCCGGUUCCUGCAGUUGUCACAGGAACGCUGUUUGAUCGACGGGACGAUUGACGGGCUGCAGCCAGGAGCGCACGGCCUGCACGUGCACGAGCUCGGCGACCUCACACAGGACUGCAGGAGCUGUGGAGAUCACUUCAAUCCGUUCGGGAAACCCCACGGAGCUCCUCAGGAUGCAGACAGGCACGUGGGCGAUCUGGGAAACGUGACGGCAGGUCCCGACGGAAGAGCUUCGUUCCGGCUAGAAGACUCUCAGAUAAAGGUGUGGGACGUGAUUGGCCGAUCUCUGGUGGUGGAUUCUGGGGAGGAUGAUCUGGGCCGUGGGAAUCACCUGCUGUCCAAAAUAACAGGAAACUCAGGAGACAGGCUGGCGUGUGGAAUCAUCGCUCGAUCGGCCGGCUUGUUUCAGAACCCGAAACAGAUUUGUGCCUGUGAUGGUGUGACCCUGUGGGAGGAGAGAGAUCGGCCCAUCGCUGGGACAGGACGCAGAGUCACUGACACGCCGGCAGCUCAUCUGUAGUGGGUCGAGCUUCACACACACACAGACAGAUGUAUGGAAGGAACGAGACCAAACACAGAAAUCAAACCAUGGAUGUAUAGCUGUAUUUCAUAGUUACAAUUCAAUCCGUUAUGCUUUAGUUUGUCUGAUUUUACACACAACUUCAAAAUCAAAGUUUAAACAAAUAUUUUUAUACAAUGAGUGAUUAAAAAAAAACUUAAACGUGUUUCAAUGGGGCGAUUUGUACGCAUUUUCAAAAAGUCUAAUCUAAUCACUUUAAAAUGAAUUUCCCAUUGGCUAACUGACCGCAAGUGUCUUAAUUUAUUAAUUGUUGUAUUGUUUGUAAUGUUUUUUUGUUUACUGUUGUUGUACAGAUAAAGCACGUUUAAUAAUGUUCCCACUAACAAAAAUGGACAAAGGUGCUGUGAUUAUUUUUUUAUUUUACAUAUUUGAUCCCAAUAAAAAAGCAAGCGUCUGUUUUGCCAAAAAAA